AUGAUGCUCACCGACGAAAAUUUUUCCACAGGUAUCAUGAGUUCCAGGAAGUUGCAAAAGGAAAUCGAGAGUACUUUUAAAAAGAUCAAUGAAGGGCUAGAUUCCUUUAAUUAUCACUAUGACAGAAUCCAAGAUUUGAAUAAUCAAGUGCUAGAUAGAAAUCUUGAAAGUCAGAAGGACAAACUAGAAACUGACCUCAAACGAGAGAUCAAAAAGUUACAAAAGCACAGAGAAAUGAUCAAGAAUUGGCAGAGUAAUGAAACCAUCGAAGCUGUGGUGGAUAGAUCUAAGUUGAAUGAAAACAGGAAACUAGUGGAAUAUGCCAUGGAAAAAUACAAAGAAGUUGAAAAGAACUCCAAAAUGAAAACCUUCUCCAAUCAAAGUAUUAUGAUGGCCAGUUUGGAGACAAACGAUUUGACACCUUUAGCUAUUGAAAUGAUUGAAUUCCUCCAUGAAUCCAAAGAGCAAUUAAACGAACAAAUCGAGGCAUUAGAAGCAGAAUAUGAGAAAAUCAGCAGUAAGCGAUCGAAGAAGAAUAGUUCUCAUGAAUCCGAGAAGAUGGAACUUGAAAAUUUCUUAUCUAUUGACAGAUUUCAUUUGGAAAACUUUGACAAUAUAAUAGAUCACUUGAAGUCCAACCAGAUUGAUCCUGAGUUGGUGGAAAAGAUCAAAGAAGAUAUCAUUUUCAUCAUUGAAAGUAACCAAGACCCAGAUUUCAUAAAUGAUGACACUUUAUAUGAUGAAAUCAACCAACAAGCUGAAAGUAACUUCAAGUAUAAACCAAAGGACGAAAAUGAUGGAAUCUUAGUCAAUCCUGAAACCGCCAGUGUCAAUACUAGUGCAAAUUCCACCAAUAAUAAUACUGCCAGUUCAACAGCCCCUUCUACGGCCCCACCAUCAAGUUCUGCCCAAGUGCCGCCCUCAUCAACUCCCGGAUCAAGAGUGGUAUCAUCUUCCCAGACCAAGAAAUCAAAAUCCCCUUCACCUUCAACACCAAAGAAAUCUGAUAAAAUAGAUGUAUCCAGCCCUGACAUUGUUCAUAAAUUGAAACCAGCAUCGACUCCUGCUAAAGUGGGCGAAAUAACUUGGUCUUCAAUAGCUGCUUCUUCUAUCAAUGGAACAAGUCAAAGUCCAGUAUCAAAUUCAAGCUCAGCUCCUACCUCAGCAGUACCGAACAAUGCAGUCACAACUGUGAUCAGCUCUGAGACCGACUCCACUACUCCAAUUCAACAAUCUAGCUCAAAAGAAUCAAACAUUUCGUCACAAGAUCAAGUGGUCCUCGAUUCAGAAUUUUCUUCCGUUUUUGAACAGUCAGAACUUUCCAAUCACGAAAAGAGUUUGUUUAGUGAUGAUUCAAUGGUAAAAUUACCUCCUGGAAUCCAAAAUUUGAUAUUUUCAUUCACAGCUGCAAAUGGAUCACACCAGUUGUUGAAACCAAGUAACAAUAACACCCUUUGUGGGAAAACGCUUAUGUCAACAAUUUCGAAGCCAUAUUUACCCUCGGCUGUUCAAGGGAGUUAUUUGAAUUACCAAGGUUCCAAAUAUAAGAAUCAAAUAGAUUUAUCUAAAUAUGCAUGGAAGUGGAAUUCAAUCAGAGGAAACAAUGAGUUCGAGCAGUUGAUAGAAGAGAUCAACGGUUUGUCAGCUUCUCAAUCAGACUGGAAACAGAUCAAUAUAUUAACUUCAACUUUAUUUUUCGGGUUUUAUUAUGGUAUAACACCUUUGGAGAAUUUAUUGGCAGAAAAGUAUCUUUUCCAGUUGGGUUGGAGACCUUACAACAUAAAGCAAAGUACCGACAAGUAUAAUGUUGAAAGAUUCGAAUAUUGGUUCAAGAACAUCAAUGAAUCAGACUACCAAGUGUUCGACUUAAAAAGCUGGGACUUCCAAAUCAAAUUUGGAUUCAAAUUGGACUACAAUUUAGUUGAGAUGGAUGGUAUCAAAUUUUUAGCUUAA